GUCAGUCGAUUUCUGUCGGCCGUGCGGCACACACACGCCACUCGCUUUUCAGCCAAUUCAACCAGCUCCGCAUUCCGCUUGCCACCAGCCUUUGAAGCGGCAUCGCAUCGCAUCGGAACGCGUCAUUAAUCGCAUCGUGCGACAGGACCCUCGAACCUCGAAGCUCGAAUCAGUUUUCCCAGCAACGCGCGCACUUUUCCCGCUUUGGAGCUCCGAUUAAGGUCCGCUGUCCUUUCCGCCUUAUUGCUUCGGCCUUUGGUUUGCAUUUUAAUGUUUGCUUAAGCAUUCCGUUUCGGUGUCAAAAUCCAAAAUCCGGCCAACUCAAUCCCGGCGAUAAGAAACGGAGAAGCGGAGAGCUCAACGCGGAAUUGUUCGACACAAAAGUGAAUUACAAAUCAAUUGAGAAGGCCCUUGGCAGCGAGACAUAGAGCACACAUCGAGUCCAAUUCAAAAGUGAGGCACUAGGAAGCAAAUAAGAGUCCCGCAUGAGUAACAGCGCCAUGGUGGCCGUGGCCAUCUGCUGCAUCCUCGUCCUGCUAGCCGUCUUCAUCGUGAUCAUCAUAGUGGUCGGCCAGACCAUCGAGGAGCCCAAAUGAGACAUGCUCCAGCUGGGACCUGGCAACUUCCCAGAUGGAUAACAGAGGCCCCCUCAAAAUUGUUAGUUUGCUGAGGCCGCCAGCAAAAAUUUCGUUGCCCCCUCAUCAGCAUCCGCAAAAUCAUCAUCAACAUUACUUUCAUCCGGCUGAAAAAUUAGCAGAGGAAACAGAAGGAUCAGGAGAAGCAGGAGGAGCAGGAGGAGCUGGAGAGGAGCACGUGGAGUGGAGGAAAUGCGUCCCAUCGUCAGUAUCCAUUGGCUGUGAUGUGAAAUUUUUUGAAUUUGUGAAGCAAAAAUCAAUCGAGAAAUCAACCCAACACAAAAGGAGCUACUAAAUUUUGGAACAUUCCGCAUCCUAAUAACACAAACAUCUUCAUGUAGCAUUUCUGUGUGUUAAGUGUUGUUAAUAUAAAUGUAUAUAUAGACACACAAUCUAUGAAUACAAAAAUAUAUAGAUAUCUAGACAUACUUACGUAAUUAUAUAUGGAUAUAUGGAUAUAUAUAUGUGUAACCCAACCGUCGUAAAGUUGCGUUCUUUUUUAUAAAAGUGUUGUUAACAAACCGAUUUUUAUUGAUGUUUUAAAGAUGUUGAAUACAACAUAUAUAUAUACACACAUACACACACGAAAGUGGAAUAAGUUUACAUUAAAAGUCCAGCGAUGCCAGAAUUGAUGAGCGGAAAAUCCGGAAACAGAAAAUGAAACGAAGGAUUAAGAAAUCGGAGGAGGAGGACAAUAGGGAAUGCAACUGGAGAGCUCAAUUGUUUAAUAUACCGUAAGAUCAUAUCAAUUCCGAAAGAAGCCAGCAAUUGCACUUGUUAAUUGCACAGCUAUGAAGGUAAAACACUCGUGGGAUUCUCAGUGGGAACUGGAGCAUAGAUAAAGCUACUAAAAUAUAUGGAAGAUAUGGAUUAAAUAGCAGAGGAGAUAUGCAUUUUAUAUAUCAAAAACUUUUGGAUAAGUUUUACGUGUACGUGUACCUAGGAGUAGCCAAAUCUCGUGUAUACAAUAUAAGCUGUUAUCAACUAUGAAACUUACUCACUUAAAAUCAAAUGAACUAGGAAACUUUAAACCCCACAAGCUGUAAUUUAAUUGAACCCCAACCAAACAACCAACUACUCCAAUUAAAUCAAUUCAACGCAGAACGUACGUGCGCUCUAAAGGAUAAUAAAAACAACUUCCACUCAAUUCGACUCAAUUCAGUUUUAAUCAAUGCAAAUGCCAGACUCAGCGAACACAAUAUUCGACAAAUGAUCAACGCGCGGCGCAUAAAUUAAUAUAUUAAUUAAAUACAAACAUCAACAAAAGUGGUGGAAGUCAGACAAGAGGACAAGAGUGUGAUCAGACAUUCGUGUCGCGGAUCGGUGGACCCCAGAAUGGCAGCUUCUCGGCCCCGCUGCUGCACAACCAUCGCAAUCACUCGCGCCAAUGCCUCUACACCUUCCUAGCAGGACCUGGUCAGCGCGUCGAAGUAGUUUUUAAAUCGUUUAAUUUAAGAGGAAGUCCGCCAGACGGUUCGGCCGUCGGUGAGUUACCAAGUUGUGUUCAUGAGUACAUGGAUAUCUACUCGGAGGUGCAGUCGUCGGAGCCAGCGGAACUGAUCAAUUCGCCAUUCGGGGGCCGCUACUGCGGCACCAUUCCGCCGCGUCGCCGCAUUUCCAUGUAUCGGGCAGUUGCGAUUUCUUUUUUUAGCAACAAGAACGUGACCACGGACCUGUUCGAGGGCACGUUUAGGUUUAUAAAUGCAUCGGAAUAUGAAAUUGGCAUACCCAUUGCGGGGUCGCCAUGUUCCUACACGAUAACGCCCAGCAUGAGCGUCAACAAAACUGGUGCGCUCAUAUCGCCAACCUAUCCAGGUGCCUAUCCGAAGGAUAUGUCAUGCACAUAUCAGUUUCUUGGUGAAUCGAAUCAGAGGGUUAGAUUAGAGUUUCGUGAUUUUGAUCUAUUUUUUGGUGGACCACACUGCCCAUUUGACUAUGUGAAAGUGUACGAUGGUCCAGAUAAUUCGUCAGCAUUAAUCGGUACAUAUUGCGGGCAGCAAAGAAACUUAGUUUUGUAUUCGAGCGAGUCGAGCCUUUUUGUUCAUUUUUAUACGUUAUCGCGCACCGCAAAUACCCAAAAUCGUGGCUUUAAAGGAAUUUAUGAAUUUAGCGAGAGUUUUGUUAAAUUAGAUUUUAUACGUGAAAAUGAUGGCAUUCACAUACGUGGCUCAGAAUGUGAUCAAAAGAUUUUAUCGAAGAAGGAAUCCACUGGCUUUGUGCUCUCACCCAACUAUCCCUAUCCCUAUAUACCAAAAACUGUGUGUAGAUAUUUCAUAUAUGGCAUGCAGGAUGCCCAGCAUCUGGAGCGUGUGCGCCUGGAGUUUAACGCUUUCAAUAUACCCAAGGUGGAGCACAAGGACAAGAGCGAGUCCAACUGCACGGACGGCUAUCUAAAGAUCUAUCUGAAGGGGCAGGAGACGGCCGAUGCCUACGACAAGUUCGACUACGAGUUGUGCGGCAAUGAGACGCAGCGGGUGAUCAGCGAGGGACCGCGGCUGGCCAUGGUCUUCAGUUCGGGCGAGCUGCAGGGUCGUGGCUUCAAGGGCAAGUACACCUUCGAGACGGAGUACAAGAUUCCGGGCACGGCGGCGCCGGAUGGCACCUGCAGCUUCACCUACGUGAGCAGUUCCAAGAAGCGCGGCGAACUGAACAGUCCGAGAUACCCCUCCAAUUAUCCCUCGGACACGAAUUGCUCAUAUCUGUUUCUGGCCGAGGCCGAUGAGCAGGUGACCAUUGUGUUUGACCACUUCAAGAUCAAGGCGGACAACAAUGCCAACGCCACGGCGGGAGCUUAUGGCUCUGGCGCCUGCUUCGAGGACUGGCUGGAGAUGUAUGUCGUCUACCGGGACAACAACGACCGCCUGCUGGGCCGCUACUGCGGUCAGACAGCCCCCGGACCCGUCGAGAGCCCGCGGGGAGCGGUGGGGCUGCGGAUCACCCUGCACACGGACCAGGAGAGCGUGGCCAGCGGCUUCAAGGCCCGCUACUUCUUCGAGUCGGCCAAGUCGGAUGCCGGCGACUGUGGCGGCAACUUCAGCAACCAGGACUCGGGCCUCAUCACCUCGCCCAACUGGCCGGCAGGCUACAAGGCGCCUGGUCGGGGCAUGGCCUCCAACGCCUGCAACUGGGUGAUGAAGGCACGCCCCGGCUACAAGCUGUCCAUUCACUUUGAGCAGUUCGGCCUGGAAGGAGACCCAGCCAAUCGCGGUUGUCCUGCCGCUGUGCUGCGGCUGUGGAUGAACGUGGACUCCGACCAGCCGCCGCUGGAGCUGUGUGGCGAGAAGCCGCCCGUGGAGCAGUGGCACUAUACCUCUACUGGCCAGACGGCGCGCAUCAGCUUCACCACCAGCGACAAGACAGUGGGUGCCCAGGGCUUCCGCAUUGUGUGGACCGAGAUACAGGACUCCGGUCCGGGUCCGCCGUCCGUGGGUCUGCACUGCGAGUCGACGUACCACUUCCAGUGCGGAGCCGGAUACUGCAUCUCGGAUAAGCUGCGAUGCGACGGGGUCAAGAACUGCGGACCCGGCGACGAUACUGACGAAUUGCACUGUACCACGGAAGCGGCCGAGGAGGACUACGACGUCCUAAUUAUAAUAACGCUUCUCGUCGUCUCGUCCCUAAUCUGUCUCCUAUGCAUACUCUGUCACUCCAGAAGAAGCCGUAGGAACCAUGUCCGCCAACUGGGCCUACAUCGGAAUGCACAUUACGACUCGCAGACCAGUGCAACGGCGGGUCUCAGCUCCAGUCGCAGGCAUCUGCAGAGUGGAGGCGCCAGCAUUGCGGGAAGUUUGCAUGGGAUCAACAGCGGCAACCUGAUGAUCCCGCCCGCUCCACUUCCGCCCACCAGUGUGCCGCCGCCACCCCACAUCUGCAUCGCCGGCGUGGACAUGGGAAUGGGGAUGGGGAUGGGACACGGGCUGAUGUCCAACGGGGAGGACGACGAGGACGAUCUGGAGCUCGACGAGGACCAGCUGGACGCGGACAUUUUCAUCAACGAUGUGCACUUCGAUGAGGACAACAUCGAUCAUGUCAACCAAAUGGCGAACGUCUAACGAUGGUUCGGUGCAGCUUUAGGCACUUUUAUCGCAACCUUCAGUUUCGGUUUUAAAACGCAUUUAGAAUAAGGCUAUCUACAUAGGUAAUGGCGAACGAAGCAACUUUGCAGAGCAAGAACAGUAGAUUACACACACUCCCACAGUGCAAACUGACACGCAGACACAGGAUACAGUGAAACACGAGUACAGUAAAACCGGGAGGCGAGCAGAAACAAAUUCAAAAGUUAACAAUACCUAAAAGACAAGAAAUUAUGCAAAAAUGCGAAUUGAUUAAGACGUAAAUUUAAUAACGAGCGAAACGGGAUGGCUAGUAGCAUUAGAGAUGGCAGGCAAAGCGGAAUCUAAGCUAAAUAAGUACAGUAGGGCGAGCAUAUUGUAGUUGCGAUAACACGAUUAGCCAGACGAGUUUCACAUAAGGAAUGAUGGAGGAAUAAGAAACAAAUAACAGCUACAUUUAAUAACUAUAUUAUACACAUAGCGAAAUACGUACGGCUGAGCGCAGGUUGCGCACAAAGAGCACAGGUCGAAGGGUAGAUGUGGAGAAAGCAAGGAGAAGCCGUGCGGCGGAAACGGAAACGAGCCAAAAAUAGUGGAGCGGAAGUGCAUGUACGAAUCAUUUUCAUAGCCACAAGAGACCGCAGACAAGACGAAAAAUAAAAUAAAGUUGUUGAUUUUUAUAUUUGAUACGAGUAAUAUUUAGGUGAAGCAUAAAUUGAAUUAAUUAUACAACAGAAAAAACGAAUGCGAAAUAACGUUAAUAAAACAAUACACACAAUUCGCAAAACCGAUAGAUAAACCAAUAAUGAAUAACGGCAGCAACAUACUAAAGGGCAUAAAACAAUAAUAAUUAAUUAUCUUUACAUACGCGCAUGACUUUUUAUUUACACAUUUUGUACAAAAAUCUUCGACCCUUGAGGCUACACAAAUCAAACUUACAACCACAAAAUGGAGAAGACGAAAUAAUGCAUAAAUAAAAGAAUUAGUGACUAUCAAAACUGUAUCUUCCAGCAAAGAAUUAAAGCAAAGAGUUUAAUGACGCUAAAUCGAAAAGUUUAUAUGAGAAUAAAAAGGGAAUUUGAAUAAAUUAUAGUGGCCCCAAAGAUGGAAAAUGAUUGCGAGAAAUGGAAAUUAAAUAAAUUCAAAGAUUUUUGUCUAUUUAAGCACAUUUUUAUAAACAUUUAAGGCGAACAAGAAUAUUUAUAAAAAUGUAUACGCGAAAGGGAAUGAUAAUAAUAAAGUAAAUUAUACAAAAAGCUAAACACAAAAAUCUAAAUACAGGAAACGCAAUAUUAAGUUUCUUUUUUGUUGGGUCGAAUUCUAUUUGACGAUUGAUUUUAUUAUAAAUAUUAUUUUAUGUUAUUUUACCAACUUUAUACACAUGCAAACAUGUUGCGAAGUUAAAGACGGUCUUAGUUGAAAUCAGUUUCCUCCGUUUUGGAGCUAAAUAAUAAAUUCCCCGAAAUUUCCAAGAAUAAAUAAUAAUUAUUGGUUUCAUAGCGCACGUACGUUUUGCAAAGAAAAUUGAGGAAAUUAAAGAAUACGGCUUAAAUCAGAGAUGGAAACUUAAACCCGUUUGACGUAAAAACCAUUUAUAAUAAAGGUAUGUAGGUGUUAAAAAAUGCUACAUUAAUUAAAGAAGAAUGAUAAAAAAGCGAAAAUAAAUACAAUUACAUUGAUGAAGUAAACCGUUGUUAAAUUGUUGCAUAAAAAGCAUAAUGAUCAAGAACUCCUAGGACUUAAUUCGUAUAAAUAAACUUUAGUUUAAGUGUACAAAUUUUGUUGUUGUAUUACAUUAAAACCGAACAGAAAACCCA